UCUCCGCUCCUUUUCUCCCUUGGUUUUUUGGCCGCCUUGGACAUCGUAAAUGGCGUUCACCUCGAACUCCGUGGAAAGACUGGAAUUUCUAGUUCCAACCUUCAGAGAAGGGCAAGCAUGAGCGGCCUCCAAACAAAUGUACAAGAUUCCCAGAAUAUCCAGUACAUGACAAACAUCACCUUGAACGGGCAGCUUGAUGAUUUUGAAACCCAACAUCCUGACAAUAAUAUUACCUUCAGCUCUGAUCUCUUUGUAACCUCUCAGGUUCCUGGGGCAGUUGACCAGAACUUCCAAGCUGCGGUUGAAUAUGCUUCUGGAGCCGCUUACGGGGACGUCUUCUCAGCUACAAUGGAAUUCGCUGGGUAUCAGAUCGAAGCCCAAUAUUUCAUAUUUGCAAAUUCGUCGGGUCAAUCUGGUGAUGGUCUCAUCGGUCUGGGGCCAUACUCCGGCUCUGUAAUUAGAAUGAUUGGUGGGACAGCGGCCGCAGACCCACCUCUUGACCGAAUCUUUCACUCUAACGACAGCAUAUCGAACUUCCUCGCUGUUCUUCUCGACCGCUCUGAUGACCCCGACGAACCUUAUCCAGGCGACCUAACCAUCGGGGAAGUCGUGACUAACUAUGAGGAUGUUUACACCCAGCCUCAACUCCCUGUCACAUCGGUCAUGGUACCCGGGAACCAGCAUUGGAUGACAUUACUUGAUGAGAAUGGGAUUAUUGGUCCAGACGGUCAACCUAUUACCAUUACGACCCAAGUGACGAAUACAUCCUAUCCUAAGAACGCAACUGUCGUCUUUGAUACAGGUUUCACGCUCCCACAAGUUCCUUCGUACGUUGCUGAAGCCCUUUACGCCAACGUUCCUGGUGCUUCCUUGACGACCCUCUCGGGAGGAGAAAUUUGGACACUACCCUGUGAUCAAGAACUUAACGCGACAUUCUUGUUCGCAGGAAUCCAGUUCCCUAUCCACCCGCUUGAUCUCAACUUUGACAUGGGCGACAACCAGUGCGUCGGAGCUUUCCAACCAUUCUCGUACGAUAAUGCGGUGGAUGGCGUAAUAACGUACGAUAUGGUCCUCGGCAUGGCCUUCUUGCGCAACGCAUACCUCCUGAUCAAUUUCGGCUCCUUUGUCGACGAGGCACCUCCUGGCACCAAUUCCCCGUACAUCCAAUUGCUGCCAAUCACUAAUGCUAGUCUAGCCUCUGUGGACUUUGCGCAAGUGCGCUUGGCCAACGGCUCAGCCAAUGUCGAUGACCUCUCCUAUCAUUCCUCGACCACGACAACAACCACGACAACGACCACAACAACAAAGUCCAGCCUGCCAGUAUGGGCGAUUGGUGUUAUCUUCGCCAGCGUUAUCUUGUUUCUCUUCCUUCUGGUCGCUUGCAUGUACUGUUGCCGUCGCAUCCGCUCGCAGCGCGCUGCUGCUCCUACGCAGGCCGCAUGGGUUCCCUACGGACCCCAGCACUACCGUCCGCUCUACGAUCCCUCGCCGCAAGGAGCGGAUGAUAUGCAUAUGGCGUCUAACGCGAACCCGAGUGACGCUGUUGGAUACAAAAGUGCUUGGGAUGCACACUACUGAUUGAAUGCCCGUCUUGUCGUACUACCCUGUUUUCUUGUGAUACCACGUUGGUUCCUGCACUCUCCACACUUUCCACUCUGGACUUGCUUUGGACAUUGUACUUACUGCUGCGCAGCAAAAAUCACAACAGACGACUCGUCUACCCUACUUAUGUAAAUUGACAUUCAUG